GGUGGCCUCUCUCUCUCUCUCCCCCCCUCUCCCUCUCCCUUCCCCGAGGCUAUGUCCACCCUGUGCGGCCAGGGAGGCAGCGCCAGAGGCACGCAGCCGCGCGGGGGCUACGGAGCCCGGAGCCAGCCCUGCAAGAUGCACUUAGGACCCCCGCGGCCGGAAGAAUGAGCCUGUCCUUGCUCUUCCUCAUCUUCUGCAGCCACCUGAUCCACAGCGCUUGGGCUCACGGGGAGAAGCGUCUCACUCCCGAAGGGCAACCCGCGCCUCCUAGGAACCCGGGAGACUCCAGCGGCAGCCGGGGCAGAAGUAGCGCGACGUUUUCUUCGUCUUCUGCCUCCUCACCAGUCGCAGCUUCUCCGGGCAGCCAAGGAAGCGGCUCGGAACAUAGCAGUUUCCAGUGGAGCCCUUCGGGGCGCCGGACCGGCAGCCUAUACUGCAGAGUGGGCAUCGGUUUCCAUCUGCAGAUCUAUCCGGAUGGCAAAGUCAAUGGCUCCCACGAAGCCAGUGUGUUAAGUAUUUUGGAAAUAUUUGCUGUGUCUCAGGGGAUUGUAGGAAUACGAGGAGUUUUCAGCAACAAAUUUUUAGCGAUGUCAAAAAAAGGAAAACUCCAUGCAAGUGCCAAAUUUACGGAUGACUGUAAGUUCAGGGAGAGAUUCCAAGAAAACAGCUAUAAUACCUAUGCGUCCGCGAUCCACAGAACUGAAAAGACAGGCCGGGAGUGGUACGUGGCCCUGAACAAGAGAGGGAAAGCCAAGAGAGGCUGCAGCCCACGGGUCAAACCUCAGCACGUCUCCACCCACUUCCUACCCAGGUUCAAGCAGUCCGAGCAACCGGAACUUUCCUUCACUGUCACUGUUCCAGAAAAGAAAAAGCCACCGGUGAAACCAAAGGUGCCCCUGUCGCAGCCUCGCAGAAGUCCCAGCCCAGUGAAGUACAGACUCAAGUUUCGCUUUGGAUGAUGCUCGUCCGCCAGGGCCUUGUGGGAAAC